UGGUUACUGUGAGCCGCUCUGGAACCCCCAGGAGGUCUCUAUGGUGAAGUGAGUGACAGCACCGAGCACCCGGAGACUGUCACCUGCAGGAUCCCGGAAAUGUCAGCGCAGACACUGGGAGAAUGUCCUCCUGUGUGUCCUGACAUGUGGACCCUACAACUGGACUCUGGAAGUGUCUGAGGAGUACCGAGCAGGCCACAUGACUUUACUUUUCCUCUUCCACAGGUGAGGUCAAUGAACAAAUGCAGUCAUAAUGGAGGAGGGACCCCCAAAGCUUGUGGACUACUUUGUAGUUGCUGGACUUACCCCAUCAUCUCGACCACUAGAGGAAGAGAAGCGCCCAACACGUCCGGCAGAGCCUGUCACGGAUGUGGUGGUCAUUGUCCGGGCGCAGGCAGAAGAGGUACCUCAUGGGUUUACCUGCAUAGCUUGUACCCCUGGGGGGUACCCAGCGGAUCUCAACACUGCUCUUAUCAACAACCAACAAAUGUACUUGUGCUACCGUCGAGGACGCGAUAAGCCUCCUAUCACCGAGCUGGGCAUUUACUAUCCUGGGAAGGACGUUCUUCGGACUGGCUUCCAAGUUAUUGACACCACCCCGUAUAGCCACUCUGCCAACCUAAACUCUGGAGCGCCUGGGAACCAGCGAGCUUUUCUCACGUACAAACGGGCUUCGGAGUCCCUGGGUGUAAACACUCUGGGCGUGAUGGAUAUUUGUAUCAUAAACCCCAGUAAGGGGGAGAGUGUCCCGCAUACCUUCAGUAAGGUGGACAGGAGCCUAAAUACUGGCAUGUUCGGUCCGGCUCUGUUCCUUUGUUACAAGAAAGCUAUGGCAAAAACUCACAGCUUAUUGUAUGAAGCAGGACUUAUCAGCCGCUUCCCUGAAACGGAUAGUGAUGCAUUCCCUCUUCCAGAGUUGGUUCCUAUCUUCUGCUUGCCUAUGGGCUCCACCAUUGAAAGCUGGCCAUUGAACACAAAGUACCACCUGCCUAUCUUCUCCACCUUUGUACUGACUGGGGCAUCAGGUGAGAAGGUGUAUGGAGCUGCCAUCCAGUUCUAUGAACAGUAUUCUCGGGAACAUCUGAGCGAGAGGCAGUGCCAGCGACUUGGUCUGCUGAGUGCAGUGGAUAAACGUCCUUUCACCAACAAAUCUGUUCAAACCAAAAGAAGUAUCUGCGUUUUAUCCCACUGGCCGUUCUUUGAUGUCUUCCAGAAAUUCCUCACAUUUAUCUACCGCUACUCCAUUUCAGGGCCCCAUGUGCUGCCUAUAGAGAAACACAUCUCCAACUUCAUGUUCAAUGUUCCUUUUCCUUCCCCGCAGAGACCACGGAUACUAGUACAGAUGUCACCAUACGACAACGUCCUACUGUGCCAGCCGGUAUCCUCCCCUCUGCCGCUUAGUGGAGCCAGCUAUGUUACUCUGCUGCAGAAUCUAGGACCAGAGAACGCUGUGACACUGCUCCGUGCUGUGCUAACCGAACAAAAACUGCUGGUUCAUUCCCAGCGACCGGAUGUAUUGACCAGCGUGGGGGAAGCCUUGGUUUCAAUCAUCUUCCCCUUACGAUGGCAGUGCCCAUACAUCCCACUGUGCCCCCUUUCCCUUUCGGAUGUUCUCUGUGCUCCUGUGCCAUUCAUUGUUGGCAUCCACUCUAGCUAUUUUGACCUUCACGACCCACCGCAAGAUGUCCUUUGUGUCGACCUGGAUACCAACACACUCUUCCAGAGUGAAGAUAAGAAGAUCCCAUCCACCCGGACACUUCCCCGAAAGCCUUGCAAAGUGUUACUGAACUGCCUGACGGAACUCCACAAGCAGCUGGACGAGAUGUACAACAAACCCCUGGAGGAAGCCUCUCUUGAGUUCCUGCUAAAGGAUUAUGACCUGAUCUAUGGUCGCCGAACACAAUUAGAGCUUGACGUGCGUGCAUCCUUCCUUCGCUUUAUGGCCUGCCUUCUGAAGGGUUACCGAUCCUAUCUCCUGCCAAUUACACAGGCUCCCUCUGAACGGACACGCGAUUCUAGUAAUCUGUUUAAUAUGGAGGGCUUCCGGAAGUCCAGGGAUCGUGCACAUCAAAAGUUCUUUUCCCAGAUGGUGAAGACGCAGAUGUUCACACAGUUUAUUGAAGACUGUUCGUUUGUUAAUGACCGCCAGGCUUCCCUCGAGUUCUUCGAUAGCUGUGUAGAAAAGGUGCAGGUCGAGGGGGAGAAGAUUGAGGAUUUGCAUCUGGUUGAGCUGGAUGAGUCUCACCGCAGUGAACACACCGUUUUCAUCAUGCCAGCUGAGGAACCCAGUGAUGCAGAUUUGCCGGCUCGAUACAAAUAUGACAGCUUUCCAACACUUCAAAGGGAUCUUUUUGACUUACCUCAAGAUCUGCUCCACGUUCCAUCUAUCCAAUCAAAAAGCAGUGCUCCAAGCAGUCCCGCACCUCGCAGAACCAAACAGGAGAUGAAGUCUGCUCAGCGUGUAGCCCAAAAGUAUUCUUCAAUACCCGAAAUGUGGGCAAAAUGCCUGCUGGGACACUGCUACGGGCUGUGGUUUAUCUACCUUCCCACUUUCGUUCGUGCCACAGCCAACAAGGUCCAAGCUCUCCAGACAGCCUAUGAUGCUUUGAAACAGAUGGAAACCAAGAAAGUGGUACUGCCCGAUGAGGUUUGUUAUCGCAUACUGAUGCAGCUCUGCGGGCAAUACGGGGAGCCAGUGUUGGCUGUACGUGUCAUGCUGGAGAUGAGGAAAGCUGGCAUUGUGCCAAACACCAUCACCUACGGUUACUAUAAUAAGGCCGUCCUCGAGAGUAAGUGGCCAUCCGCUAGCCAGAGUGGGAGACUCCGCUGGGCAAAGUUACGAAAUGUUGUCCUUGGGGCUGCACAGUUCCGCCAACCAAUCAAACACAGGCAUAAAGAUUUUGGAUCCCAAACAUUGCAAAUGGACACUGAGGAUAACCCUCUAAACAGGCCACAUGACUCUAGGAAACAGAAGAGCUCUACAUCAGACCUACCCCCUCGGUUAUGUCUCCUCCGUCAGACCACGUGGGGUGGACGCACGUUCAAGGACUCAGGAGAAGACUCUCCAGGGAAGUUGGUGAAAAGCUGGAGUGUGAGUGGCACCCACGGAGAUUCUGACAUGCUAACAGAAGUUGCCCACUUGAUUGACAACAUUGAGGUUCUCAGGAAACCAGACCAGAGCCCCUCAUUAAGUGGAUCUAUUCGAAGACCAUGUGGUACACCCCUUAUCCUUGGUCCCUCUGAGAAUGGAAGUUUGUCCAAUGUUAGCUUUGCAACAGACAUGACUGGCAGUGACUUGCUGACAUCCGAUGACUCUGACCUCCCUGUAACCGAGAGCUCAACAGAGAUUCUUCCAUGCCACCGUGUGGCAGAGGAUAAUAAGGAAUGCACGCCUGUUAGGCGUCGAAGCUUGGCUGAGAAGAUGCAGCAACUGCUUACUCCUUCUAAGAAGCCCUCCAGGUCACCGGGAACAAAGAUGAAGGGCAAGUCGAUAGAGCCUCCUUCGCCACUUGUCUUAGAGCAGUAUCAAAACUGGAGAACUCAAAGCAAGAGCAGUGUGAGGCGACCAGAGUCUACUGCAUCUGACAGCUCUGUGUCCUUGGGAAGUGAGGUUGACCUGUCCGAUACAUCAGUCACCAGCUUUGCAUUACACAAAUCCACUGAUCGCCUACUUGAUGAGGCUCAAGAGGUGCCUGCCGCAGAGGUGGUUUUGUCAAGCUGCUCUCCGUGUCCAGCCUGUCACUGCCUGGUGUACGAUGAAGACAUCAUGGCUGGAUGGACAUCUGAUGACUCCAAUCUGAAAUCUGUCUGCUCGUUCUGUGGUCAUCACUUUGUACCAUUCCUCAAUGUCAAGAUCACGGAUCUCCAAGGGAAAUGUGUGACAGACUUCCAUGAAACUACUGUGGAUGGUGCCGUGGCUUCUGUAAGUCGUGGUCCAGUACUUAGCGACCGGUAUCAGUGUCUGGUUCUGGAUGAGAUGGGAUCUAGACACAGUCAGUUGAAUGGAUUUCCUGAUAUCCAGGCACCUUCAGCCCAGGAUUCCAAUUCAGAGAUAGUAACCAUUGCAUACCUCUGUCCUCUGGUCCUACGCAAAGAGCUAGAAAGCCUGUUGGAGAAUGAAGGUGGGGACUUCUUGUCACAGCCGGAGUUAGUCAACAGUCAUCCUAUCAUUUAUUGGAACUUAGUCUGGUACUUCCAACGUUUGGGGCUGCCUAGCAACCUUGUUCAACUAAUCCUGACAUCCAAGCACGUCCGGCAACUCCCACAGGUACCUGAACCACUGCAGGUUAAUGUCCACCUCUUAUGGGAUGUGUUGGUGCAAGAUCCAGAACGCUGGCCCCCCUUGUAUGUGAUUUGGAAACUGCACAGAAACCUCCCAACACAUCUUCAAGGCUGGCGACACCACACUCAUCCCUUUACCUUAGAGUUUCUGGAGAAGAUCCUCAACUUUAUAGGAAUGAAUGAGGUACACAAGGCAAUCUCCUUGUUCUUAAACAUACUUGAAGAGCAGAGGUCUUCUCCACAGACCAUCCAAAGGGGGAUAUAUCGAGAAAUGCUGCUAUUGACUCUGGCUGCCUUAGGAAGAGAACAUAUGGAUGUAGCUGCAUUUGAUAAUAAGUACAAGACUGCAUUCAGAAAGCUUGGAAGCUCUUUGGGGAAAGAAGAGCUUCGUAAGAAGCAGGCCCAGCUCCCAAGCGCUAAGGCCCUGGACUGCCGCAAAACUUUUGGGGUGUCGCUGGAAUGUUAAACCCCAUCAAAAUGUGAACUGACUGGAAAUCUACGAUGGACAGGCAAAAUCUAUUCAUCUCUAAAGAGAGGCUGAAUUUGGAACAUGAGAUGAUGCUUAAGGAGCUAGGCAUGCAGGAAUCAUGACAAUGUACAGAAACACAGGAGGGGAGGUUGGCUGUAACCACCCGUGCUGAAUAUCAGACACACAGUGGUUCAUUUGACAGCACACAGCCUCCUAACCCUCCUUCCAAACUGUCCACCCCCACACAGGCUGGAAAAACAACAGAAAUUUAACAAGAUCUGUCACCCAACAGAUGCCAUCAUAGAAGCUUGUGCGCAGGACACAAGUGAACAAGCCAGCAAUCCUCUGCAUUGUGUGCCAGAACAUGUCAGAUCAGAGAAACAGGACCUUAGUCCAUUUUUACCAUAAUAUUGUGUCUCUAUUUUUCACACACCCUGUGUUUAGAGUGGAAUAUAUGACCACAGGGCAGAGUCUCAUCCCUGUUUCUGUAUGGCUGUGGCAUGACAUGGCAUCUUGGGCACCCACUCAUAGCUGUUCUAGAGCUGAAAAUGAAGCAUUUUAACACCGCAUGGCAGCUAUUAAUACAGCAUUGUGGCUAUACUAUUCUGCAGUGUAACACCCAUAGCAGACACAACUAGCGACUUAAUAAUACAUCCACAACAGGCUUGUGUUGCUUUAACAGUACUCCCUGUUCCGUGGCACAUCAGAUGAUAACACAGGAACAGUCUUCCAAAGAUCACUACUGCCACGUUUAUCUGUGAAAAGAAUGGGUCAUCCGUGACCGAUUUUCCUCUUGCCAAAGUUUAGCUGUUUUGUCCCAGAAUACCAUGAUCGUGAAGUGGUGAAAACGUGUGUCCUGCGU